GCCAAGACUACUGCUGCGUGUUGGAUCUUGUUGCCUCCUGCUUUCGGUGCCGCCAUGAACGGGCAGCUUAACGGCUUCCAUGAGGCCUUCAUCGAGGAGGGCAGCUUCCUUUUCACCUCCGAGUCCGUGGGGGAAGGGCACCCAGAUAAAAUCUGUGACCAGAUCAGUGAUGCAGUGCUGGACGCCCACCUCAAGCAGGACCCGGAUGCAAAAGUGGCAUGUGAAACAGUGGCCAAGACAGGCAUGAUCCUGCUGGCAGGUGAGAUCACGUCGCGGGCAGCGGUGGAUUACCAGAAGGUGGUUCGUGAUACCAUCAAGCACGUUGGCUAUGAUGAUUCUUCCAAGGGUUUUGACUACAAGACUUGCAAUGUGCUGGUGGCUCUGGAGCAGCAGUCGCCAGACAUAGCCCAGGGUGUCCACCUGGAUCGCAGUGAGGAGGAUAUUGGGGCUGGGGACCAGGGCCUCAUGUUCGGCUACGCCACAGACGAGACAGAGGAGUGCAUGCCACUUACCAUUGUGUUGGCCCACAAGCUGAAUGCAAAGCUGGCUGAGCUGCGGCGCAAUGGCACCUUGCCGUGGCUACGGCCUGACUCCAAGACCCAGGUGACGGUGCAGUACAUGCAGGACCGUGGGGCUGUGCUGCCCAUCCGCGUGCACACGAUUGUUAUCUCGGUGCAGCAUGACGAGGAUGUGAGCCUGGAUGAGAUGCGUGAUGCCCUCAAGGAGAAGGUCAUCAAGGCGGUGGUGCCUGCCCGCUACCUGGAUGAUGACACCAUCUACCACCUGCAGCCCAGUGGGCGCUUUGUCAUUGGGGGGCCCCAGGGUGAUGCAGGGCUGACAGGCCGCAAGAUUAUCGUGGACACUUACGGCGGCUGGGGGGCUCACGGUGGGGGGGCCUUUUCAGGCAAGGACUACACCAAGGUGGACCGGUCGGCAGCCUAUGCUGCCCGCUGGGUGGCCAAGUCUCUCAUCAAGGCUGGGCUGUGCCGGAGGGUGCUGGUCCAGGUCUCAUAUGCCAUUGGUGUCUCCCACCCGCUCUCCAUCUCUAUCUUCCACUACGGCACGUCCCAGAAGACAGAGCGGGAGCUGCUGGACAUUGUCAAGAAGAACUUUGACCUCCGCCCUGGCGUCAUCGUCAGGGAGCUGGAUCUGAAGAAGCCCAUAUAUCAGAGGACGGCAGCCUAUGGCCACUUUGGUAGGGACAGCUUUCCCUGGGAAGUUCCCAAAAAGCUUAAGUACUGACAUGUUGUUAGGCUUUUCCCCCUCACCCUUGCUAGCGUCGGCUACAGAGAAGCUUGCAGGCUCUGGGGGGGAAGAGCUCCCUAAUUCUAUCCCUCUUUCUAUCCUUUCCCUGCCUACCUCCUCCAUGGCUAACUCAGCUGCUGCCUGUGGGCUCGGCUGUAGCCACCACCUGUUGCUAUCACUCCGUGGGGGACCACUGGCUGGCUAGGCCCUGUCCUCGUUGCUUCCCCAUGGGCUCUGUGCUUAGCCAGGCUCCCUACCCCUCCCCAUCCAACACCCACAGCCAGCAUUCUCACCCCCAGCAGCUUGCCAUGAUUAACAAAUCCAGUCCUUUUAUUUUUAAUACGUCCUCCCUGUCUCAAGCAAAGCCCUGGUUUUAAUCUUGCCUUCUAGCCUCUUCUAUUAUAUUCCCCACCCCCCAUGUCUGAUUUAAUUUGAAUUCUCGGAGGACGUACGUAAUAAGACAAAAGUCCCGGGAGCAAUCUCAAGCCGCGGUGCACUCUCUCAUUCCCCCUCCUUUCUACACAAGCCGAAUCUAUUCCACACUGCACAAAAAAACUCCCUCCUCUUUCCCAGAUGGCUUUUUAUUUUCAACUCAAACCAGGUUUCUCAGCCCAGCCAGGUGGUGGGGGUGGCUCUGAAGCACCGGUGUGGCUACAGAGAAGCCGGCUUUGCGUUCAGAACGCCCCCUGGCUUUGGACGGGGACUUGGGGGGAGGUGGGAUUUGAACCCUUCAUACUUGAAGCGUUUUUUCUAACGGCUUAUUUAUUGUGUUCUGGGCAGGGGGUGUGAGUACAGAGAAGCCCCUGGCCCAGAUGGCAGCUUUUUUAAACCUUAUCUAUAUAGACUUUGGCCCUUUUGGGGUGUCUUGCCAUGGUUUUUUUUUCCCCCCAGAAUUCCCUGCUAGUGGCCCCAGGUGUUCUACAGAAAAGCCUGGGAUGGCUCCUAUUCAGGGGGUCUGGCUGAUGUUACACUUGAGGGGAGGGUUUAGGGCAGGACCGAGGGGGUUGGUGUGCAGAGCUGGGCAGGCUGAUGUCGAAUCCGUGGCUGGUGUAGUACAGAGAAGCCAGCUUGUUUACACGCUCAGCCCUCCCCCUGCUGCCAUGCCAGCCCCACCCCCGGCGCCAAGUGCCUUGGGCCAGAGGGUUAUUACGUAUGUCUGCGGGGGGUGCUCCAUGAACUUGAAGGUCUCAAUAAAGCGCUAGGUUCUACCUUA